AUGGGUCAGCACUGGUCAGAACUGGUCAGCACCAAAGAAUCUGUCCCAGUGUUGUGUUAUCAGUGCAGUUAUGUCACAUUUGCUGGGGCCAGUGUGUGUCUGUCUGCCCUCUCGCGGAGCCUGUUUGCUAAUGACACGUGCUGCACCUGGAGAUGCUUCAUUUCGAAUUUGGGGAAGACUGCAGGGACGAAUGGUCGGAAUCCCCUCCCGACGGUGGGGUUUGGACUGUGA